CAUUGAUACCUUAGCUGAAAGGGAUCGCGUUAACAAAUCAGUGUUAUACUCUGGGUCACAUUUCUAACAUCUGAGUCAAGAUGAACAGUUACAGAAAGCAGAUGGCAGAGCAGUUCCUGAGUCAGGCCCUGGGCAUCAUCUGCCUGCUGACCGGAGAGGAAUAUGUCAUUGUGAAGAAGAGUCCCUCCCACAGCAGCGUUCACCAGCAGAGCAGAGAGGUGCCUAUAAAGUGUGAUUGUGUUGCUGUGUAUUUCUCUAUGGAGGAGUGGGAAUAUAUAGAGGGACACAAGGAGCUUUAUAAGGAUGUCAUGAUGGAAACUUGCCAAGCACUAUGGACUAUGGAGAUCCUAGGAAACGAGAGCUCAGGUAACGCUGUGUAGCUAGUAAUAAAUAUUUCACGCAGGAAAUGCACAUACACUACAGUG